UUAAAAAGGUGAUCAGACGUUUAGGCCGGUUCUGUUGGAGCAGUUGCCUAUGUUCUGACAUCUGUAACCUUGGAAUAUACCUCUGGAUAUAAACUCUCCAGCAGAAUCCAUCUCUUUUUCUCUUCACCAUCGCCUGAAGCUCUCCUCCUGAGGAUUUCCCAUUGCCAACCCCUGGGAUGCUGUGAGGAAGAGGAAGAUGCCCAUGGACACUGAGGCAGAGCAGGAACUGAGCAUGGAGAGCAGGGAGGACAAAUGCCUGCGGCAGAACCUGGUGGAAGAGGACGUUUUGAGCGGCUCCACGGCGCAGGAAGCCAACGGGGAGGAAAAGCCCCGGAGAUGCCGCACGAGGAGGAGCUGCAAAUGCAGCUGGUGGGGAUCUGAGGGGGAAAGAGCCAGCCUGGGCCGGGAAGGUGGCGGGAGAUGGAGCCAGAGCUCGGAGCUGGUACUCCAUGAGCAGCUCCAUGAUGGGGAGAAGCCCCACAUGUGUGUGGAGUGUGGGAAGAGCUUCAGGCGGAACUGCAACCUGAUUGUGCACCAGAGGAUCCACACUGGGGAGAAGCCCUACGAGUGUGGGGAGUGUGGAAAGAGCUUCAGCCAGAGCUCCAGCCUGAUCAAGCAUCAGAGGAUCCACACUGGAGAACGGCCCUUCGAGUGUGGGGAGUGUGGGAAGAGCUUCAGCCUGAGCUCCAACCUGAUCAAGCACCAGAGAACCCACACUGGGGAGAGGCCCUUCGAGUGUGGGGAGUGUGGGAAGAGCUUCUCGCAGAGCUCCCACCUGUCCUCGCACAAGAGGACCCACACUGGGGAGAGGCCCUUCCAAUGCCCCGAGUGCGGGAAGGGAUUCAGGCAGAACGCCCACCUCAUCAGGCACCGGCGCAUCCACACUGGGGAGAGGCCCUACGAGUGUCCCCAGUGUGGACAGAGCUUCAGCCAGAGUUCAGAGCUGGUGGUCCAUAAAAAGCUUCAUGAUGGGGAGAAGCCCCACAAGUGCUUGCAGUGUGGGAAGAACUUUAGGUGGAGCUCCAACCUGAUCAGCCACCAGAUGAUCCACACUGGGGAGUGGCCUUACGAGUGUGGGGAGUGUGGGAAGGGCUUCAGCUACAGAUCCAACCUUGUGACCCACCAAUGUCUCCACACUGGAGAGAGGCCCUACGAGUGUCCCCAGUGUCAGAAGAGGUUUCCGAGCAGCUCCAAUCUCCUCCAGCACCAGCGGAUUCACACUGAGGAGAGGCCCUUCCUCUGCCCUGAGUGCGGGAAGGGCUUCAAGCGCAACUGCAACCUCAUCAAGCACUGGCGCAUCCACACUGGGGAGAGACCCUACCAGUGUGCCACAUGUGGGAAGAGGUUUCAGACAAGCUCCCAUCUCCUCCUGCAUGAGCGGAUUCACACGGAUGAGAGGCCCUUCCACUGCCCCGACUGUGGGAAGGGUUUCAAGCACAACUCCACCCUCAUUACCCACCGACGCAUCCACACAGGGGAGAGGCCCUACAAGUGUCCCCAGUGUGAGAAAAGCUUCACCAGUAGCUCUCACUUGACCAGACACCAACGGACCCACCAAGGCGAGAAGCCCCAGAAGUGCUUGAAAUGUGGGAAGAGCUUCAGCCAGAAAUCCAACCUGAUCUGCCACAUGAAAAUCCACACGGGGGAGAGGCCCUAUAUAUGUGAGGAGUGUGGGAAGAGCUUCAGCCGGAGAUCCAACUUGACUGUCCACCUGAGGAGCCACACCGAGGAGAGGUCUUACAAGUGUGAGGAGUGUGGGAAGAGCUUCAGCUGGAUCUCCUGCCUGAUUGUCCACCUGAGGAGGCACACCGAGGAGAGGUGUUACAAGUGUGAGGAGUGUGGGAAGAGUUUCAGCCGGAUCUCCCACCUGACUGUCCACAUGAGGAGGCACACCAGGGAGAAACCCUACGAGUGUGAUAAAUGCAGAAAGGGGUUUCAGACCAGCUCUGAUCUCCUCAGGCACCAGCGCACUCACACAGAGGAGAGGCCCUUCCUCUGCCCCGACUGCGGGAAAGGCUUCAAGUACAACUCCUCCCUUGUCAGCCACCAGCACAUGCACACCCAGGAGAGGCCCUAUGAGUGUCCCGAGUGUGGGAAGAGAUUCACCCACAAGUCGAACCUGAUUGUCCACAAGAGGAUCCACACUGGCGAGAGGUCUUACGAGUGUGGGGAGUGUGGGAAGAGCUUCUGCCAGCGCUCCCACCUGAUCUACCACCUGAGGAGCCACACUGGGGACAAGCCCUAUGAGUGUGAUAAAUGCAGGAAGAGGUUUCAGACCAGCUCUCAUCUUGUCAGGCACCAGAGGAUUCACACGGAGGAGCGGCCCUUUCGCUGCCCUGACUGCGGGAAGGGCUUCAGGGACAACUCCACCCUCGUGACCCACCGGCGCAUCCACAGUGGGGAGAGGCCUUAUGAGUGUCCUGAGUGUGGGAAG